AUGACAGCGAGGGGUAAGGGGACCAAACAUUCCCUUGGGGCGCCGGACGGCGCCCCUGCCACAGCUUCCGGUGCUCUAUAUUGGGCAGACUCGCCUUCUUCUUCUGUGCUGUCUAUGGCCGCCACAGCGGCCUCAGAAACGGCGUCACAGUGGCUCUUUGCCAGCUUCGAGUCAGCGCGACGGAAUUCGAGCGCCGUGGUGGCCUUCGAUCUGAAUUCUCUGUCACCUGUAGUGGAAAUCGGGCGGAAGGAGGUGUUCGACACGGACAUUGAGGCAGCAAUACCACCUACCAAGCUCGGCUGGCUUGCUGGGCACAGUCUCUUGCUUGCGGCCGGAUCACACUCCGGGCCGGCUGGAAUGGUGGGGGACAUACGCCUGUGGGAUGUCCGGGCAAGCUCGACGGUGCCAGUGUGGGAGGUGAGGGAGAAGGAUGACUGCUUUGCAGAUGUUGCUGCAUCAGACUCACCGUCGGCAUUGUUUAAGGUGGGGGCUGCCUCCAGUGAGGUUUUCGUGGCUGACUUGAGGAGAUUUAGUGGUGAUGGCAUCAGUGUGGAUCCUUGGGUGUGCAUCGGAGACAUGCAAAGGGCGGGAGCAGCCACAACAUCUCGCAGAAAGGAUGGGAAUGGUUGUAGAAUUGAGUGUUACCGCAGUUGGGUGUUUGUGGCACGAGGUGCAUAUGCUGAGGUGUGGACACAGGUGGAAAUUACAUCAGAGCCUCGGGAGAAGAAGGUGAUGAGGAGGAAUUGGGUAGGGAACGGGCCAUCGAUGGUUACUGCAGAUGGCGAGGAGAAGGCCAAGAUCGUAAGCUGGGCCUUCAGAGGCAGCAGAAUGGCAUUGGCUAGAGUCGAUAAGCGGUCUGUUGAGGUGUGGGAUAGUGCUUCUGGGACAAUAUCAGGUGAAUAGAGGAACAAGACUACACAUGUAAGAAAUCUCAAAUUCGAUUGUUCUUUUUGUUUACCUCUAUCAAUGUAGUUUUGGUGUUUGUUUUAGG